AUGGGAAAGAAGAAAUCCACCGGUACUGAAAAUGUGGGAUCUGGAAAACUAAAAGCCACAUGGCUGGAUGAGGUAGUAGCUAUAUUUUGUGAUAUAGCUGCUAAGGAAGUGGCCAAGGGAAACAGACCCGGUACACAUUUUGAUAAAAAGGGAUGGUCAAAUGUUAUCAUGGCCUUUAAGGAGUUAACCGGAAGGGAUUACGAUAAAAGCCAACUGAAAAAUAAGUGGGAUUCACUUAAAAAUGAUUGGAAAUUAUGGAGUUCACUUUUGCAUAAGGAAACUGGUAUUGGAUGGGAUCCGGCUAGGAAAACUGUCGACGCACCUACUGAAUGGUGGGAAUCCAAAAUUCAGGUAAAUUAUGUAUUGCAACUUUAUUGUGGAGGAAUGUUGCAUUGGUUACAUGCUCUAUUGCUGAUCAAUCCAGAGUAUCGCAAGUUUCAGGAUGUGGGAAUUAGUCCUGAAAUGAUGGCUGUUUAUGACAACAUGUUCAGGGGUAGCACAGCCCUAGGUCACUUUGUCAUGAUUCCCUCAGCUACUAUAAAUAUUGAAGAGGUUGUGGAGGAUUCAAAGCAUAAUUUAAUUUUUGGAGAUGAUGAAGAGGAUUCUGACCAAGAUAAUGAACGUAGAGGCAAAAAGAGAACAAAUUUGGAGGGCCAAACAGAGGCUGAUAAAGAAAAAAAUUGA